GCAGGAGAGAGUUGCCCAUCAUACGGCUCAACAACUUGCCUCUAUGUUAGGCUCACUCCGGGCACUCGCGCAGAUUCAGAUCACCUACUAAUUUUACUUUACUACUCCUUAAAUUAUCUUCUGAAUCUCUACCUCAUAAUGUAACCAAGAUUUAACGUCCCAUCAAUAGCUUGAGGUGAAGAAAUGAAGCACAACAAUGUUAUCCCCAAUGGUCACUUCAAAAAGCACUGGCAGAACUAUGUGAAGACAUGGUUCAACCAGCCUGCCAGGAAAACCAGAAGAAGAAUUGCGAGGCAAAAGAAGGCAGUGAAGAUCUUCCCUCGUCCAACUUCUGGACCUCUCCGCCCUGUUGUGCAUGGUCAGACUCUUAAGUACAACAUGAAGGUCAGAACUGGUAAAGGAUUCACUCUUGAAGAGCUCAAGGCUGCUGGUAUCCCAAAGAAGUUGGCUCCUACAAUCGGUAUUGCUGUGGACCAUCGUCGCAAGAACCGAUCUUUGGAGGGUCUUCAAACCAAUGUCCAGAGGCUGAAAACCUACAAGACUAAGUUGGUCAUCUUCCCGCGUCGUGCUCGCAAGGUUAAGGCUGGUGACUCUACACCAGAAGAGUUGGCUAAUGCUACCCAAGUUCAAGGAGACUACUUGCCUAUUGUACGUGAGAAGCCAACCAUGGAGCUCGUCAAGCUGACUUCAGAAAUGAAGUCCUUCAAGGCGUACGAUAAGAUACGCCUUGAGCGCACGAACAAGAGACAUGCUGGUGCUAGAGCCAAGAGAGCCUCCGAGGCUGAGAAAGAGGAGAAGAAGUGAGGUCCUUCUUCUUAGGUAGAAGAAACUUUUAUCUUAUCAACUUUUGGAACUGAAUUUUUGUGUAUCAGACUCUGUUUUUUGUUUCAUCAGAUUUCAUCCUUAAAUCUUGGAUUUUGCUGUUACCUUGCUUCUCUGGAUUUAUGGAAAAUAUCGUAUCACACAUCUCCACUUACUCUUUAGUUUGACUUCCCUUCGUAUGCUUCUUUUUCUCCCAAAGUCUGCAAAUUUAUGAGAAUCUUAUCUGGCUUUUGCAAAAAUAUAAUGUUUCAUUUGUU